AUGAGGAGAAAUAAUGAGACAUCAAUGGAAGAUUUCAUUCUCCUGGGACUCUUCCCUGAGUUUAGACAUUCUGGUAUCCUCAUUUAUAUCCUCCUCAUGAUCUAUAUAAUUGCAUUUCUAGGAAACUCACUCCUUAUUCUCUUAAUCUGGGGGGAUUCUCGGCUCCACACCCCUAUGUACAUUUUACUCAGUCAGCUCUCCCUAAUUGAUUUGACCUUAACUUCCACAAUAGUGCCUAAGAUGGUAACUAACUUUUGUUCUGGAACAAAAACUAUUUCUUGGAUUGGCUGUGGUACCCAGAGCUUCUUCUUCCUUACAUUAGGGAUGUCUGAGUGCCUUCUCCUAACCCUCAUGGCCUAUGAUCGCUAUGUGGCUGUCUGCAAUCCACUACAUUAUCCUGUAAUCAUGAAUUUCACAGUUUGCCUUCAGAUGGCAAUCGGAUGUUGGAUUGGUGGUGCUUUAAGUUCCCUAGUCCAUACAGUCUACCCUAUGAAUUUCCCCAUUUGUGGUUCCCGAGAGAUUCAUCAUUUCUUCUGUGAGGUACCAGUCAUCCUGAAGCUCUCUUGUGAGGACACUUCAACCUAUGAGUUAGUAGUGAUGGUGACAAGUAUAGUGUUGCUUGUAGUGCCUUUUAGUCUCAUUACAGCUUCAUACAUUGCCAUCUUUCUUACUGUCCUCCAGAUGAAUUCUGUCAAGGGGAGGAGAAAAGCCUUGGCCAUCUGCUCCUCCCACCUAACUGUAGUGAGUCUCUUUUUUGGACCUAACAUUUUCAUUUAUAUGACUCUCAGUUCUUCUCAUAGUCCAGAGCAGGACCAGGCUCUCUCUGUUUUUAGCAAUAUCCUCACUCCUAUGUUGAAUCCUGUUAUCUACAGCUUGAGGAACAAGGAGGUGGUUGCAGCUUUGAAAAAAGUGCUGGGGAAGUGCACAUUAUCACUAUAA